UUUUGUCACAAAAAAUCUGCAAAAAAUUAUACCCGUCUUUUUAUUUCUACUUUUGAGCAACACCAUGUGAGCCCAGUACCCAAGGUACUAAUUUUUUUUAUAUUUCAGAGGUCCAUUGAACAUGAAUUGAACAGACAGAGUCAGUCAGAUAUUACUACAACUCUCCUCAGCUACAUGAUCAUAUUUGUGUGUGUCUCUAUCACAGUUUGUACAGCGCUUGGUAGAUACAACAGUGUCUCCAGAAUACUGGUGAGUAUUAGUAUACAGUGUUGGGUUCAGGGAGUUACAGAAUCUCAGGAAUCAGCUGGGGGAGUGGUUAUGUGGAAAAAUCAGAAAAUUUAAAAUACAAAGCUAGGCCAAACUAUAAGUAGCAGUGUUGAAUAUAUAAGCACAAGUGCCAAAGGGAAAGGACCAAAAACUGUAAAGAAACCCAGCAAGAAAAGCAACACUCUAAGAGGAGGAAAUAACCCAGGAUUCAAAGAUGAACCUCUCUCAAGGUAAAAAUGAAUGUUUACAUGGAGAUUCAUUUUGGUUUCAAACUUGGUUUCUAUUUCAGAUUGAUUCUCAGAUCACACUUGGCCUAACUGGUGUGUUGAUUGUGCUCGUCUCUGUAUUUGGAGCUAUUGGCUUCUUUAGCUACCUGGGGGUACCAGCGACACUGAUUAUCAUUGAAGUGGUACCAUUCUUGGUACUGACUGUAGGAGUUGACAAUAUAUUCAUCCUCACACAGGCCUUUCAG